CUCUGUGCACCCAAAAUGGCAGUACAACUCACACACACUGUAGAAUGGGUCCAUGGCCAUGCCAUGCUCUAAGUGCUCCUCACGAUCUCACCACUUCUCUCUCUCUCACACACACACUUGUUGCUCUUUAGCAGUGAGCAUGAUUCUCUUUUGAGGUUCUGCCAAUGAUGCCUUGUUGCUCUCUUUGCUAAAGCCAUUGCUCAUGCUUUCAAGUUUUAGCUCUGUUCUCUUGGAUGCUCUUCGCCUUAUGGGUUCUCUUUGCUAAACCAAUCCUCAGUGACUCUGCUCUCUUUCCUUUUUUUUUUCUAUAAAAAUUUCAUCUUUUUUGUUUUUUUUAGUCUUCCUAUGAGUCUUUCUUAGUCUUCUUCUUCUUCUUUUGUUUAUCUUUGCUUUUGUCUUUCUAUCUUGUUUCUUUUUGUUGUUUUGGGUUCUUUAUCUUCUCAAAGGUGGCACCUUUUUGUGUUCUUGACCGUUGGUGUGUUUGAUUUCUCUUCAUUUUGAACUGUUUGUGCUGCUGUUGAUGUGCUAUGUCUUUGGCUGUUGGAGCUCUCUCAAGCUGCUCAAAAGACAUGGGCUUUGAUGAGAACAAGGACAAAAAUGGAGUCUUGGCAAGGAAAGAAGUAGAUGAGAAAAAGAUGUGAAGCUAAGUGUGAGCAGGAGGAGGAACAGGACAAGCUCAAUCUGAGCCUGAAUCUCAAUCUGAAUCUGAAUAUUCCCAGGAAAUUGAGUGAAACAUCCCUGUAUGCAACUGAGGAUGAAGAAGAAGAAGAAGAGGAUGAUGAUGAGAAAGGUAUCAAAGGUCUUGAUCUUGGUCCUCAACUCAGCCUCAAGGAUCAAUUUGAAAAAGAUAAGGAUGAUGAAAGUCUGAGAAGGUGGAAAGAGCAGCUUUUAGGCAGUGUGGACCUUACUUCUGUUGGAGAAAAUUUAGAACCAGAAGUGAAGAUCAUGAGCCUUUCAAUUCAAUCUCCUGGUAGACCUGACAUUGUUCUUCCAAUUCCUGUCAUUCCUAACUCAAAGGGCUUAUGGUUUACUCUGAAAGAAGGCAGUCAGUAUAAACUCAAAUUCACUUUCUCUGUUAACAAUAACAUUGUUUCUGGCUUGAAAUAUAUCAAUGCAGUUUGGAAAACUGGUGUUAAGGUUGAUAGCACAAAGGAAAUGUUAGGGACUUUUAGUCCUCAAGUUGAGCCUUACAUUUGUGAGGUGCCGGAAGACACUACUCCGUCCGGUAUUUUUGCUCGAGGAUCUUACUCUGCAAAAACAAAGUUUGUCGAUGAUGACGGGAAAUGCUACUUAGAGCUCAAUUACACUUUCGAUAUUCGCAAAGAAUGGUCAUCGAUCCUGGACUGAUGAUUUACAAGUGACUUAAAGGAUCAUCAUUGUGUGCCAUUGUUUUACAUUGUUUGAAAAAACUUCAUAAUUUAUGUCAUCCUUGUUUCUGCAUUGCAUUUUGAAUUUGAAGUGAAGUGUGAGCAAUGUAGAUAAAUGUAACGGAAAAAAAAUUCCGAUGAUCUUUUAAUAUAAUGAUAUUUUUGUUGAAAA